AUGAAUAAAGUAAAUACAGUUUGUGCCAAAGACGAAGAGCGUCCACUCCGAAUCACUAGAGCAAGGGCUAGAGCCUUGGGAGGGAUUCCCCCCUACUCAAGACCACCGUCCUUUAAAAAUGAACAAAAAAACGCACUUCGAGUAAAUCCAAAAAGGGCAGCUUCCGAGAACAAAAAUUCUGAGGUUGUUCCUGCUAUUCUUCAGCCUAAGAAAAGGGCAGUGUUCACAGAUGUAACAAACAUCUGCGCAAAAUCACAUGAUAAGUCUAUUAAAGCAUCAAAAGUUCUGGCAAGAGGAGUUAAUAAGAAGAAAAAAACAAAGCUAGCUUCAGGUGUCUCCAUUGAAGUUUCGUCAUCAAAAGAGGAUCUUAAAGCAAAGUUAGCUGAAGAAUUAUUCACCGUAAGGACGGUAGAAUCAAAUGAUGCAGUUGCUGCAGCAACUUUGGAGGAUGAAGAGCCAGCAGGACAUUGUAUGUCCAAUAGCACAAGAGAACAUGUUACAGCAGACACCAAGCUUUCAAUGGAAAACUCCGAAAAAUCUGAUGAACACUUGAGCUCUCCAAGCAAAGAUAUGGCUUGUGAGAAGCUAGGAGCCUCAGAUUGCAAGGCCAUUGUGGACAUUGACUCAGAGUUAAAGGAUCCUCAAGUUUGGAGUUCUUAUGCCCCUGAUAUAUACAACAAUAUUCGGGUCACAGAGCUUGAUAGGAGACCAUUAACCAACUACAUGGAUAAGUUGCAGCAAGAUACUACUCCAAGCAUGCGCGGAAUUCUGAUUGAUUGGCUUGUGGAGGUUUCUGAGGAAUAUAAGUUGGUUCCAAACACUCUUUACCUGACAGUGAACCUCAUUGAUCGGUUUCUCUCAACAAGUUUGAUUCAGAAACAAAGGCUCCAGUUGCUUGGUGUUACUUGCAUGCUGAUUGCAUCAAAGUACGAAGAGAUUUGUGCUCCUCAAGUGGAGGAAUUUUGCUUCAUCACAGAUAAUACAUACACAAAAGAAGAGGUAUUGAAAAUGGAACGUGAAGUACUAAACCUUUUGCGUUUUCAAUUAUCUGUUCCCACAACCAAAACAUUUCUCAGGAGAUUCAUCCAAGCAGCACAAUGUUCUUACAAGGUUCCUCGUGUUGAACUGGAAUUCCUGGCAAAUUAUUUAGCGGAGCUUACUCUUGUUGAAUACAGAUUCUUGCAGUUUCUACCUUCUCUUAUAGCUGCAUCUGCUCUAUUCCUUGCCAGAUGGACCCUCAACCAGUCAGAACAUCCAUGGAAUCCAACUCUGGAGCACUAUACAAACUACAAAGCUUCAGAGCUCAAAACUGUUGUUUUAGCGCUGAAAGAUCUGCAACUUAAUACCAAAGGGUGUCCCCUGAAUGCUAUACGUGAGAAAUAUAAACAAGAGAAGUUCAAUUGUGUGGCAAAGCUGUCUCCAAAACCUGUGCAGUCACUCUUCCAGGUUCAAGUGUAA